AACAAUUAUAACAAUUAAACAAAUACAAAACAUUAAUAAUUAUUUAUAAUAUUUAGUUACGUGUGAACCACAAUAACUUGCGAUGAUGAGUUGCGUUACUCACAACCUGUUCCUACAAAGCUUCUUGUAUUUGAAUAUGCUUAUUGAAAGCUAUUUGUUUACAUUUUAUUUUUAAAUUUAAUGGACAAAAUAUUGAAAUGUCGUAAAUUUAUUUCAACGAGAAUUUAAUAUAAUUCGAAUUUAUUGCUUGUUAUCCGAAUUUGAUUGAUUUCUUUGGAUCUUAACUAACUCGUCUCUGAAAGAAACUUUGUUUAUAGAGGAAAAUUCCAAGAAGUAUAUUUUUCAAAUCAGCUAAAAUAUGACAAAAACAAAGCAAGCUACCCUUUUUUCUCUCAAGAGUUGGAAAAAUGUAGCUACAGAAGGCAUCCAAAAAUACAAAGAUAUUCUUGCUAGUCAUGAUGAAGCUGAAAUUUUAAAAGCUUUAAUAUCUUUGAAAAAGAAAAAUUUCAGCAGAGAUGUAAUCUUGUCUGCUGGAAUAGAUUUGUCAUUGAAAUUGUUAGAAAAACAUCAAAAUCCAAGAAUUUGUUAUGAAGCACAACUGCUUAGAAGUCACUGGCAAUUAAAUAAAAGCUGUUCACCUGAAAUAAUUUUGCUUGAUAACGAAGAACCUCCGAGAAAAAAACGCAGGACAAUGCCUGAAGUAGAAGUAUGUGAAAUUAAAAUAACACAUAAACAAACCAUUGAAUGUAAUGAACGACUAGCUGUUGAUCAUUCACAAGAAAAACAGGUUCCUAAUAAGGCAUUUUUAAAGGAUUCAAAUAAGUCUGUACCAAUGGCAGCUGCAAAACCUGUCAAGCUUGAUUUUAAAUCACCAUCAGUGAAUAAAACUACAUAUAAUAAUAUUAUUCAUCAACUGCAUGCUGCAAUUAAACUUUUUACUCAAGAAUUAGGAGAACAAGAAGUCAGAUUAUAUUUAGGAAAAGAUGUAAAAGAAUCUUCAUCUCUGAAACAACUGAAAGUGAGAAUCUGAUGCACUGUGAUAGAAAAACUCAAAGUAAAUUGCUUUACAGUACAACAGUGUUUUAAAUGCUCUAAUGAAAUUAAGUAUUGCAAAGGAAUGCAAACAAUAAGCAAGAGAAUACGAGUUGCUAAGCACUUGAAUCAUGAUUUUAUUGGUGGUAAUUUUAAUCCUUAAUUGUUAAUCUUGAAAUUUAUAAUCUAGAAUUUUAUAUUUUUAAUUGAAUAUAAUUUUAUGCAUUAAUUUUCAGUUGCAAAUUUGUGUUUUUUCUUUUUUUAAAUUUUUUUUUAUUAUGAGCUGUUGCCAAAUAUUUUACCAUUUUUUAAUCUUUUGGUUUAUCUGAAUUAAUUAAUGUAAAGAUCAUGCAUUUUUAUACUUUCCUGCUAAAAUUAGACUUUUAAACCAAACUUUUCAGUACUAAGAAAUAAUAAUUAAAAAAAAGUAUAUUAACUUGCUAUUAAACUACUUAAAAAUUAUUUUUGCUAUGUGCAUAGUUUAAUAAUAAUUCAUUAACUAUGUAAUGCAUGACUUUUUUACAUUCCCUUUAAUUAUUUUUUUUUUGUCUUUUUUAUAUUUUUGAAUUGUCAUAGGCAUAUAUGUGACAAACAUGCUCAUAUAAUUGGUUCCAUAAUUUUAAAUUCAGUUUGGCAUAAUAUCUAUAAAAGUGUCAGUGCAAACAAAUAAUUGCAGAAUAUCAUUUAUUGAGUUCUAAUUUUAAAGUUAAAUUACAAGGAAAAGGACUUGAUGGAGAAGUUGGUUAUAUUUAUAUUUUUAAUCCACUAAAAUUGCUUGGUCGUUAUUAAGUUGGAGAGUAGUUAAAUUAUUGCCAAAGAUGUACAUAUUGUAUUUUAGAAAAAUAUUUUUGUAAAAUCUA